GAAUAUACUGUUAAGAUUUAGUCGAUCCUCGCCAAUGUUAACAAUGUGGUUCUCUUUGGCUACUGUUAGUCUAGCCUGUUUGGUUCAAGGCAUCAUGUCGACGGAAUUCGAUGGACCUUCGAUCAUCCAGGUGAGCGACCCCGUUACAAUGGGAGAAUCCCCGGUAUGGGAUCGACGACUGGGAAAAUUGCUGUUUGUGGAUAUCCACAAGGGAAGAGUCAUGGCUUAUGAUUUCGAGAAAAAAACCACUGAUAUUGCUGCGGAAUUUCCAGGACAUGACCUGACGCCAAUAAUUCUGUACAAAAAUAGCCCCAAUGUCCUGGUGGCCGGCUUGGGCAGGAAUUUGGCGAAAAUCGCGCUCUAUAACAAAUUAGCAGACCCGGAAAUUCUGCACACAGUGCAACAUGAUAAACCCAAGAAUCGGUUCAACGAUGGAAAAGCUGAUAGCAGGGGGCGAGUUUGGAUCGGUACGAUAGGAGAUGAGCCAUCCCGAGGCAAACUGGACCUUAAUGCAGCCGCUCUGUUCAAAUUUACCAAAGGCAAUGUGACUAAUCCGACAGUAAUGAUCCCAAAAGUAAGCGUUAGUAACGGAAUUGCAUGGAACCAGGAUGGUACGGAAUUGUACUACAUUGAUACACCCAGCGAAGAAAUUGUUAAGUAUGACUACUAUUCGGAAUCUGGAAAUAUUGCCAACAAAACCGUCGUGUUCAGCACCAAAGGAAAAGGAUUAGGGUAUCCGGAUGGUAUGACCAUAGACGAAGAUGGUAAUCUAUGGGUGGCUCUUUACGCUGGAGGCUCAGUGAUUCAAAUUAACCCUUCCAAUAGGACGUUAAUCAGACGAAUCCCCAUUCCUGCUCAGUUUACCACGUCAGUAGCGUGGGGCGGGCCUAAUCUAGACGUUCUUUUCGUAACCACUGCAAGGAGGUAUUUGACUCCCGAAGAACUGCAAGGGCAACCAGGUGCAGGCAGUUUGUACGCGAUCACUGGUUUAGGCACUAGAGGGCUUCCCGAUUUUGAGGCAGAUGUUUGAGAAAUAAAAGUCCUUAUUCAUUA